AUGCUUCGGUUCGGGUCGUUUCGAUUAAAUCAACAGUGAGUUUUUCGAUUUUUCUUCUUGGUUUAGGUCUGUUAUUUCUUUAUGGGAGGCCCGAAGACAAUAAACACGGUCGGUAAUUGCUGUAUUAGAAAAUAAUUGUUGAUGUAGGUGAUCAGAACGGAUUAGCCAUUUUUUCGAAAGUUCAGAGGGAUUGAAGUCUGAUGUCUUAGAAUUUUGAAAAAGAGAGUCUCAGCUUUCUUUUUGCAUACAAGACGCCAAGAAUAAUCGAAAAUUAAAAUUGCUACGACCAUUUUUAUCUUCACCUAGGUCUUGAUCAAGUUUAAUGUUCAAAAAUUGACUUUUUUCUUAUAAUAUUGGUUGAUACUAGUCACAUAUACGUUCUUCAGGAUUGUGGUCCGUUAUGUGAACAGUUCCGCAGCCUUUGUCACCUCCAAUCCGGGUCUAAAUGCCGCCGCGGCUCCUCGAUUUCCUCGACGAACCGCUCUUCAUCGUCCUUCUCCGGCCGUUCAAGCUGCUUUAAACCAUCAACGAGCGUUGAUUGAGAAACACAAAGAUGCGGUUGAGGUUCUCGACGAAUCAAAUAUCUUUAAUUUGACUGAUGGGUAAGUAAUUUUAUAUUUUUUCUUUGACUUUUAGGCAAAAUUAGUGUUUCAAUUUUUUUUCAGCUUGGAAUUUUCAUCCUCCGUCUCGUUCCCGGCAUUGCGAGCGGUGAAAAAGCUGAUUUCCAAGAGUCCGGAGAAGAUUAACGCACUGUCAGACCAACGACUAGCCGUCCUUGUUUCAGCUGCGGGCCAAAAGUCGGAGCUGAAUGUGGAGAAAUCGCUUCGUGCGGGAUAUUUGAAGGAAAUUUGGCCCAAAAUCUUGGCUGCUGAGAGUGAGUCGAUUUAUUAUGUGUGUAUUGGCUUUUAGACUUUGGAUUGGAAGCGUUGAAUGCGUAUUUGGAGACGAGUGUUUUGCUGGAUGAGACGUUUUCCUUGACCAGUGUACUUGAUAUCUUGGCCGAGAAGAAUUUGACGGCCAAUUCGAAAACCUACGAGAAUUUGGUCGCUGGCGCAAAUGCUCAAGGAAAUAUUCAGGCUAUUGUGUGAGUUUUUGGUUGGUUUUAUGGCCAUUUAGCUAGAGCUUUGAGGUCUAUGGAUCAAAAUAUUGGUUUAGGCAGAAAAGUUGGACAUGGAUAAUAUUUUUGACUUUUUUGCCAAAAAUUGACUUUGACAUUGUAGAAAUUGACUUUUUAAUACAAUCUUAGCCCCAUAGAGUAUCUAUUUAGUUAUGAUUUACAGUUGUUUUUUGUCUGGUUUGGGCGUUAUGGCCAUUAUAUUGUUUUAGAGAACCAAUUUUUGAGGUUGAUGUUUCAUGAUGAAUUUUAGACACUAAAUUUGUGUCUUGCAAGUUCGAUUCGGUUUAUUAUAAUCUGUAGACUCUUUAGUUCUCAUUCUUCAACUUGUUUUACAUUAUCUUAGUAUCAAAAUAAAUUUUUGACCAAAAAAAUGAUUUUAGGGGACCAGAUGAGUGAUGGUUAAUAUUUUGGCUAUAAAUCUCUCUGAGUUGUCGUUUUUUCUCCAAUUUUGGAUCUCAUGUAAAGUUUAUUGAUCUUGCAGCGAGAUCAUCAAAGAAAUGAAAGCCAACAACAUCCCGCUGAGCCAGACGGCCGUCGAGAAAUGGGUUGAGUGCUUGGGGCUGAAGGACGCCAGAAAAGACUUCAAAGCCGUAAUUCAAGCCUUCAAAUCGUCGUUAGACCCAUUCCGUCUUUAUGUAUCAGCCUCGAUUGGACUGGCCCGAGCUGGGAAAGGCGCGGAAUGCACGGAGAUUCUCGUAGAUUUACCUUCGGCCGAAACUCGAGCAUCCCCGAAAAAUGUGGAUUUAGUCAUAAAAUUGUUCAAUUUACUGGUGAAAAACAAGGUCGCAAAAGCAGCAGAGAUUGUAAGGAGGAUUUUGAAAUUGAUUUUCCAACUUUUGGUCCAAGUUUUUUGAGAUUUUUUGCGAAAAUUUUCAAUUUUUAUCUAUUUUUGUCUAACAUAAGGUCGGAAAUCCUCAAAUUCACUCAUUUUGAGAUCGAUUAUGAUGUUUUUAGGUCCGCCCAUACCUGCCAGAAGGCCGAUUGGACUUUACGCAGCAAGCCCACCUCAGAGUUGCCCUUAUACAGGCGUUGAAAAACAAAGUUCCGGCCGAAAACACGGCUCAGAUUAUUGAAUUGGUCCGGGAAGAUAAAGCAGUCCGAUAUAGUCUGAUAAAUCACUCUUAUCGGUAUUUUUUGGAGACAUAUGAACACGCUUUGGCUCACGGAUUAGAUGUAAGCUCGAUUUUUUUCUUGAUUUUUUAAAAUUUUUUGGGAUUUUUGGCGAUUUUUUUGGAUUUUUUGAUGAUUUAUGGGGGUUUUACGGGAAAUACGGGUAUUUUAUUGAAUUAGAAGUGAUUUCAGACCUUUUCAGAUAUAAAUUUCGUAGAAUUUGAUAUAGUUUUACCUAGUGUAAUAUAGAAAUUUUAAAAAAAUUUCCCAAAAAUCUCGAAUUUUCAGGCCGAAAAAAUUGUCAAGCAGCUGGUCAAGUGGACCUCAGUUCUCAAAGCAAAUGACUUGUCGCAAAAUCCACUGGCUGAUGUAGUCCAACAAGCGAUUUUGGAGAAAGUCCCGGUCAAAGAACUCUACAAAACCUUUAUUCAUUCCCAAGAAGCACAAGAUUUAAUGGCCGAAGAGGGCCAAAGAGCCCAUAUUUUCAUACCGUUGGUGAAUCAGGUCGUCAAACAGGUGGGAAUUUGAAAUCGAGAUUUUUUGAAAUUUUUUGGGCGAUUUUUGCUGAUUUUUGUGAUUUUUAGAAGUUUUUUGGGGUAAAUUGAGUUUUUUUUUGAUCUGUUAUGAUGCCACAGACCUUUUAGAGCACUUUUUUGGACAUUUGAAAUAUAUUCUUAACAGUUAAAACGGAGUUUUUAUCAAUUUUUCGCCCAAAUUUUGCCUUAUUUUUGGCCUCAAAAAAUAAAAAAAUUUUUUUUUCGUGGAAUUGGAGUAUUUCGAGUAUUUUCGGAACCCUCCCAAAUUGUUUUCGAUACCACAAUUUUUUUUCGGAAAGCCCGUAAUCGAAUUUGAAUUUAAUUUUUGAUGUUGUUCAUGACCUAAAAUAAGGUCUUUUUAGCUGCCAGAGUCAAAAAUUGCCGAUUCAACCUUCAAGGAAUUGAUUUUCCUCUGCAACUCGACAAGAGGAGGAAGUUUCUCGACGCUGGCGACGGCAUUGGCUCAGAAAAGUGAGAUUUUUUAGAGAUUUUUAAGGAAAAAGUGGGAUUUUUGAAGAAAAAUGAAAAAUUUUGCAGAUUUUUUGUGAUUCUUUGAACUAAAGUGGGCGGGGAAUGGCAUGAAAAGGAUUUUUACGCGUAAUUACGCCAGAAUUUUUUUACUUCAGUCUGAAUUAUGGCCUAAAUUUACAGUUUUUCAACCUUUUUCGAGCCCUUUAUUCCCCGGAAAUCGACCGUAAACGCACUGUGCAGAGGACCGAAAAAUUGCCUCAGGCCACUAAAAAAUGCAUGAAAAUUGACGGCUUAUGCCCUUUUGUGGCGCUCCGUUAACGCGUUUAAUCACCAAUUUCCACCCAAAUUCUGGGGAUAAAUUUGAGAAAAAAUGGGAAAUAUCCCCCCUUUCGGAUGGGUUUUGGGAAUGAAUUUGGCCGAAUUUUAGAUGACAUGGGUCUGUAAGAGAUGGUAAAGGAGUGGGUUUGCAAGUUUGAGGGGAGUUUGGAGAUCUUUUGCCGGGUUUUGUGAUAGUUUAGGCUAUUUUUUUUUGAAAAAAAAGAAAGAUUUUAGGGUUUUUGGCAAAUUUUUUUGUUUUAAUGUGGUUUGAAGGCUAGUUUAUGACGUAUCUUGUGAUAUAGAUGAUUUGUUUUUAAGAAAAAAGCGAUUUUUUGCCGGAAAUUUUGCAUUUUUAUAUUGUUUUAGGGGCUUGACCCCGGUUUUUAUCGAAAAAUCUCGAUUUUUGAAUGAAUUAUUUAGCGGAGAGGUGUUGAAUAGCAUUUUUAUUAAAGAUAAAGACACGACAUGGCUUGUUGAUAAAAAAUUUUGAACGUUUUUAGACGAUUUUUAAAAUUUUUAGCCAUUUUUGUCAUGGGUAAUAUCAAAAAGAAGAAGUGUUUUUUUGACAAGGAAAGUACCUCAAUGGGGCAUGGAGUUACAGAUCGAGACAUUUAUCAAAAGAUUCGCAAAAUUUUUCUGGUUCAGAAUAUGUAAAAAUUAGCUGCACAAUUUUGAUUUGUAAGGGCGAAAAAAUCCUCAAAACGUUUCUCGCAACACCACGAAAAUGCCUUUUUGACCAAGUUUUUACCAAGCCAAAAGCUUUGUUUUGAGCUAAAGUAAACCUGGCGUCUGGAGAAACAAUAUCAAAUUUUGUUAAUACUACGACUUAAUCGACCAUGAAAUGGCGUAAUAUUAAUAAAAUUUGAUAUUUGUAAGGCUUGUCGAGAUACCAGAGUUUACUUUAGCUCAAAACAAAGAUUUUGAAUUUUUAAAAACUUGGUCAAAAGGUGUUUGCGUGGUGUUGCUAGAACAGUUCUGGAGUUUUUUGCCCCUACAAUCCAAAAUUGGGCAGCUAAGUUUUACAUAUUCUGAAUCAGAAAGUUUUUGCCAUUCUUUUGAUAUAUGUCUAGACCUGUAACUGCAUACCCCAUUGAAGUACUUUCCUUGUCAAAAAAACUUCUUUUUUUGAUAUUACCCAUGACAAAAAUGACUAAAAAUUGCAAAAAUCGUCUAAAAAUCUUCAAAAUGUUUUAUCAACAAGCCAUGUUGUGGCUCUAUCUUUCAUAAAACUGCUAUUCAACACCUCUCUGCUAAAUAACUUAUUUAAAAAUCGAGAUUUUUCUAUAAAAACCAGACUCAGCCCCUAAAACAAUAUAAAAAUGCAAAAUUUCUUUCAAAAAAUCGCUUUUCCUUAAAAGCACAGCAUCUACAUCACAUGAUACGUCAUAAACUAGCUUUCAGACCACAUUAAACAAAAGAAAAUGUUAAAAACCACACUUUUCUGGUUAAAAAUGCCGAUUUUGUCAUGGGUAAUAUCAAGAAACUUUUUUUUUGGUAUUUUUUGUCACCACUGAUUCCCUCACUUUUACUUCCGGCUAUAAAACCUCCGUUCGGCGCUGUUUGUUUUCCCCGCUUACCCAAAUUGAUUCGGCCAAAUUUAGGGUUUUUAGAGGCCACGCGGCCAACACUUUUAAUGGACCCCCGGAAUUACCCGCUAUCCCAGAAAAUUGAAACGGAUUUUUUCGGGUAAUUUUCGAGUGUUUUCGGAGUGUUUUUGGCCAGACAAUUUUUGGGAUUCUUUGAAGGGGAAAUUGAGCGUGUAUUGGACUAGACAGAUCGAAGAUUUUUGGUCGCUGGAAUUGAGUUUGACGUGGAAUUGAGGUUGUAUUAGUUUUAAACAGCUGAGAGAUAUUCUAAUCGUAUUUUAAAAAUGAUUUUGAUAUCGAAUAUGUCAUGAUUUUGAAUGAAAAUGAAAUUUUUUAUGAAAUUUUGGGAUUUUUUCGGAAUUUUGGUUAAACCAGGGGGAAAUAUCGCUAUAAUUGGCUGAAUAUGGGUUGGAAAACAGAGGAAGGGGAAGAAGGCGUAUUUUAAAAAUCAUUUUGGUUACAUCCGAUGCUUAGUUUCAGCAGAAAAUGAACUUUUUUGGGGGGAAUUUGGGGGUUUUUUUGAUUUUUUUGGCGAGAAUGAAAAAAAAUUUUUUUAAUAGGGAUGUGUAUGGUAAGAAACAGCGAGUAUAUGGUCCUUAGAAUAAUUUAGAAUCGAUUUUGAUUUCAAAUAUUUUUUGGAGUCCGGCCGAAAACGGGAUUUUUUGAAAUUUUCUCUAUUUUUUGACAUUUUUUUUUAUUUUUUUUACUUUAAUUUUUUUCCAUAGGCGGUAAUGUAGAACAUACCAAUUUUCGAGCCUUUCCAGGUGUCCCAUACAUCAAAUCAGUCCUAAAUUCCAUCGAAAAUAACAGUUUUUUGGUCACCGAAAUCGUCGGAGUCAUGCUUUCGAAUGAACAAUUGGACCGACUCAGCGAACUCAUGACGACGUAAGUGCCGCGUUUUUUGCCAGUUUUUUUGUUUUUUUUCAGAAAGUUGGAGACAGAAAAGGACGUCAGAAUCAUGAUAAAUCGAGUGAUAAACCCGAUUAUGAGGAAUUUGAAGUCCAAUAAAUUUAAUGAAGAAGAUUUGCCGGCAAUCUCCAAAGUCAUCGCUAAUGGAUUUAAUGGUAAGCAGUAGAAGAAGGGAAAAGUUUUUUGAGAGGUUUUUAUGCAAUUUGGAUACUGGGGUUGACCCGAUAUUAGACUAGACAAAAAUAGCCAAAGUGAUGACAAAAAACGUUGAAAAGUCUUGAAUUUUGAUCUGAUUGUAGUGAUUUGGAUAUUGAAAAUCGAUUACAAGGCCGUGAAAAGUUGUUGGGCAUAAGAAAGAACCUAUUUGGCUAUCAUUUUUUGAACGAAAUUGGGAUUUUUGGACAAGCAAAGUACUUUUAUGGCUUUGCAUCCGGGAAGUAUCAAAAAUGCAGCAAAAUACAAAAAAAUGUGUCAGGACUUUAUGGCGCGACUAGUAUCCGGCUGUCGGGAAAAUAAUGAGCACUUUAUCGCAUCGAAAGUCGCAUCGCCGCCGAGAAAAUAAAUUUUGUCGCUGAAAAAUUUUUCCGAUGCGACAUUGUGCUCAUUAUUUUCCCGACAGACCGAUAACAAACAAGGAAAAAUCAAUCGCAAGUUGACUUAAAACUCUACAGUGUCGGACCUGAUCCAGUGGCAAAAAAAUUUUUGCAUCCGGGAAGUACCAGACAAUGUGGCAAAAUACCUCCUUUUUUCACUUGGAGAGGGAGGCAUUUUGCCACAUUCUUGAUACUUCCCGGAUGGAAAAUGAUACGUUUUUUGCCACUGGAUCAGGUCCCUCACUGUAAUUUUUUCUUUCUUUCAGCAUCCGACAAAUCGGCCCAAACGCCGGGCGGCGAAGCCAUUGCCGCCAUCCUUGCGGCCUCAACGAUCGCGGACGCUCGAGUGGAGAAACUGAUUAAAUUGUUGGUGGAUGAACCGAAAGUCACGAUCGGAAGCGCGGAGGUGAGUUUUGUAUUCAGGUGUAGUAAUUUGUUAUAUUGUACUUGAUAUCAGAUCGAAAAUUGGUGAUUUUUGAUAUUUAGAGAGGUUAGAAUACGUUGAAAUCAUUUUGUAUGUUGUCUUGAAAGUGUUUUAAAUCAUACGUUGUAUGAGUUUGAGAACUUUUGAUACGAUUUUGAGUUAUAUUGUACUUGACAUCAGAUUGAAAAUUGAUAGAUAUGGCGUCUUAAUAGAUGAAAAUUUCGGUGAAUUAAAUUUCUUGUGGCUUGAUAGGCUGUAAUUACUCUGAUAAGGGCAUUUGGAAGUAAUAGUUUUGAUAUCAAUUUUUAACGAUUAUAUUAUACUAGACGUCUGAUAUGAAAAGUGAAAUUACAGUAAGUUAACAUGAAAUUCAAGUGGAAUCAGACUUGAUAUAGGCUAAAAACAGGUUGAAAUCAAUUGGAAAGUGGUUUAGAUAAAGUCUUGACACUUUUUUUGAGAUUAGAUUAGACUUUCCGUCAAACGGGUAGUGUAAGGUAAAAUUGGAUUUUUUGAAGGUUUUUAGGACAAAUUUUGUAAAAAUUCUGAGAGUAGUUGGUGAAAUAUGAUUUCCUGAGUGUUUACGGCUGGUUUUACGAUGACUGUGAUAUCAGUUUUUGAGCUAUAUUACACUUGACAUCAGAUGUCAAGUAUAAGGUAAAAUUAGGUUUUUUGUGACUUUUUUGAAGGAAAAGUUAUUAAAAAUGACUUUUUAUAGGAUUAUCAAGGCAUUUAUGAUAUUUAUAGCGAAAAAUAUAACAGUAGAACAGCUGAAAAUACCCAAAAUUUAUGAAUUUUCAAUUUCAGAUCAAACGAAUCGAAGCCAAGCUCCUGGAAGUGAAUCUGCCUCAUCGCGCGGGCCUCAUAAAGUACCUGAAGAGGAAGUCCACCACCUACCAGCGUUGGCAAACCACCGAGGACAUUGGGGAGCUAGAAAGAGAGGCGGAAAGCCUCGAAAAAGCCGAAGAUGUCCCCGCCGGCGUGUUGCUCACCCUUUACGAGGUGAUUUUGAAGAAAGCGGUAGCCGAAAAAAACGUCCCGGCCAUCAUGAACACCCUCCCCAAGUUUUACAAGAAGGAAAAAGACCAAUCGGACGUGAAAAUUUUCAAAGGCAGAAUCGUCGAGGCCCAUAACAUGGCACUCUUGGAAAACAUGAACAAUGAAGCCUGGGAAGCGGCGGAUUUGCUGUGGAAUUUGAAGUAAGUGAGACUACAGGGCAUUUGGAGAAAUUUGGGGAGAUUGGAAGGGUAGAAUUUGAAAAAAAGGGGGUUUUUAAAAGGUUUGGACAUUAUUUUAGGUAACAAAUUUUAUUUUUUGUUUUUUUUUGAAAAAAUCUUUUUAAUAGCGGGGUUUUUUGUCGAGAAAAUGAGUUUUAAACAGGGUUAGAAGGGAUCAAGUGGGAGAAUGCGAGGAAAGAAGGUGUUUUAAAAAAUUUUGGACCUUAUUUUAGGUAUGAAUUUAAAUUUUUUGGGGUUUUGUUUACUCAUGUAGCUCUAAAAAUAUGUGAAAAUAAAUUUAAAGAAGAUUCACAAAGAUUGCGAGGCAGAAUACCAUCAAAAAUUCAGUUUUUGUCGUCUUGGACCUUAUUUUAGGUAACAAUUUAAAAUUUUCUUUUGUUUCCACCGCGGAAAUCUUGUUAGAAUUAGCGAAAAAGGCUUGAAAAAGCGUUAUGGAGAUAUUCAGAGAUUUUUGGUUGUAAAAUACGAUGCAUCAAUGUAAAAAAUUUUUUUCAGCCUUAUUUUAGCCAAAUUCUGCAUUUUUUUUUAUUUUUAGGCCUCUAAAGAACGUGGAGACGGUUCUGCUGUACGCUCUAACAUUAUGCCGACGAGGAAUGACGGAGGAAGCCCAUGAAGUCUUGAAAAAUUUCAAAUCGGCCGCCCUGAACUUGCAACCCAGCUAUUUUAAUAAUGUAAGGAUGAUUCGAAAAAAAAUCAAAAAAAAAAAAAAAAAAUUCAAAAUUUUUUAAAAUUUUUUAAGGUAGCCAGCUCGAGUGUCCUAAAAGCGGCCGGAGAGCCGGAAAUUGAACAAUUUUUGAAGUUACUCUCCAAAGAAUUCAACAUCAAGUCGACGUGGAAAGCCCGACUGAAAGCCGAAGUAAAAAUGAACAAACUCCGAGCGUUGAUGGAGCAAAAGAAACUCGACGAAGCUUUCACGGUGUGCAUGGAGACCUCCAAAGAAUGUGGAUACGCAUUUGGCGCCUUUGAAUUGAUGAAUGAGGCGUUACAGGUGGGUCCCGCAACGAAAAAUUGAAACGGCUUGGCAUUGCGAUUUUGAGUGAAUUUCGGGAGGAAUGGGGGUCGAGUAGCCUUGUAAUAAUAGUGGUUCAGUUUUGGAAAUGAUAUGGACCGAAAAAUUUGCAUAUUUAAAAAAAUUUGGUCCCACCGCGAAAGAUUCGAAAAAAUGAUGGCAAUGAAGUUAGUGCGUAAAUUAGUGGAGACGGGCCUCUGUGAUACGACUAGCGAUUUUUUUUAUCCAAAAAUUGAGAAUUUUGCGGAAAUUUUUUUGUCUCGACACGAAAGAUUGAGAUAGCUUUGGCAUUGUGUUUUAUCGCUGUUUUCGGAAAUUUUGAGACUAAAAAGGAAUUGCUAUGCAAUUUUUAGGCCGAAAAUCAAGUCCUGGUGAAGAAAUUGAAGACUUUGAUCAUCUCCGUGGAGGACAUUAACACGUUUAUCAUAACUUUUGGCGUUUGUUUAUUGGAAAGAGGUGACAAACGAGGUGUGGACCUCCUGAAAUCAAAGAUCGAAUACAUACCAUCGAAGAAACUAACGGAGUUGACACAACGCGAAUUCAACUUGAAGAAUCCGGAGAUUAUGCACUUGUUGUUCAACAUCUUCAACAAGCCCGAAAAUUCGGUGUUGGAAUUGGAGGAUUUGAUGCGCAAAACGGCGGAAUUGUAUGGUAAGCGCAAUACGCCGACUUAUAGACGUUUGUAUUUCAUUUUUCUGAUCGCGGGAAAUCUUUGUCGGUCUCGCAACGAAAUUUGGCAUUGUGUUGUAAGCUUCGGAAGAGGCUGGAAAACUGCUGAAAAUUGCUCUAAUGGGAUUGUAGCGGAAUAUUAGGUCUAAGUUUUUAGAUUUUUUUGGUAAAAUUGUGCGAUUUUUGUGUCCCACCACGAAAAUUGGCAUUGUGUUGUAAGCUUCGGAAGAGGCUAGAAAACUGCUGAAAAUUGCUCUAAUGGGAUUGUAGCGGAAUAUUAGGUCUAAGUUUUUAGAUUUUUUUUGGUAAAAUUGUGCGAUUUUUGUGUCCCACCACGAAAAUUGGCAUUGUGUUAGAGUAGUUGUAAAGGCGUCGGAAGUGGAGAAAAAUGAGAAAUAAUGGUUUUUAACAAUGUAGAGGCUUAGUUUUUGAGAUUUUUUUGAUGAAGAUUGAUGGUUUUUUGGGUCCCACCACGAAAAUUGGCAUUGUGUUCGAAAUGGCGCAAAAGAUUCGGAAAUGAUUGAAUUAAGCGAAAAUAAGUUUGAAAUGUCUUGUAAACAAAAAAUUAAACUCAAAAUUUAAUUUUUUGAAUUGUAAAAUACGGAUUUUUAUUCAGGUCUUUGAAAAAUCAAAUUUCAGAGCGACAAAACAACUUGGACGGCCUGAAACGACUCUUUGAUGAUGCGAAAUCCUCAUCAAUCCCACUGAACGCAAAAAUCCGGGUACAAUUCGAGUCUUCCAUCAAAAAAGUAAGCAUUUUUUUAUAAAAUACAUCUUGAAAUUUUGGUUUUUAAGAGUUUUUUUUUGUAAUAUUUGCAAUUUUCAGCUUGAAUCAGCGUCGAAGUCCACAGAAACACACAGAGAAUCUGCUGAAGCCAAGUGA